AUGAUUAAUAUUAGUGACUCACUUGAUUGGAUUUCAAGUAUGCUGCCAGAAAUGGCAGUAUUAGAAGAGGUGUUACGUUGCAGGAUUUGUAGAGAUUUAAUGCAAACACCAUUAAUUACGGGAUGUUGCCAUACAUUUUGUUCACUUUGUAUUCGUCGUUGUUUAUCUCAAAAACAACAAUGUCCGUUAUGUCGUCAACCAGAACAAGAGAAUAGAUUGCGUAGAAAUACGUCAAUUGAAGAAGUGAUUGAAAUUUUUGAACGGAUCAGACCCGGUUUAAUGGCAUUGGCUAAUCCGUUAUCUAAUACGGAAAUUAAAUUGUCAAACACAGAUUCAAUUCCUACAAUUGUUAAAUGCCCAGUAUGUUAUCAAUCAGUUGAUUAUGAUAAAAUUCACAUGCAUCUUGAUAUAUGUUUAAAUCAAAAAAGUAACACUUCUUUACAAACGGAGAUUUCUCCGAAAACAAUACCACAUGCGUAUUCUAGGUUACCAAAACUUAAUUAUGCUCUUCUUAGCGAAUCCAAACUUCGAUCCGAACUGAAAUCUCUUGGAUUAAAAAUAUCUGGAGAUAAAGCAAUGCUUCAACGAAGACAUACUGAAUGGAUUAAUCUUUGGAAUGCAAAUAUUGACUCUAAGACGCCUGUUAGUAAACGAAUACUACUUGAGAAAUUAGAUGCCUGGGACCAAAUGCAAUUAAAAACUACUACUAUGAAAAAUAUUUCAGAUAAAGAUUGGAUUCAAACAUAUAAAACAGAUUUUGAAAACCUUAUUGAAAAUGCUCGACAAUCUAAAAAAAGAAAAGCCGAUACAUCACCAAAAAAUGAACCGCCAGAGACUCAAUAA